AUGUUCAACAUACUCAAGGGUUUUGAUGCUGAAGCGUCAUCGACCUACAUCAACCCCUACGCAGUGGAUGUAAUCCGGUCAAAGAGAAGGGAUCUGGUUUAUGGGAUCUCACACACUGAGGAUCUUCUGGAUCUCCUCGUCACGGAGGGGGUCCUGACAGCAGCGAAGAGGUCCAUCGUCUUGGCCAUCAGGACUCACAAAGAUCAAAACUCCAGGGUCCUGGACAUCCUGGAGGCCAGAGGUGAAAGGGCAUGUCGCAAAUUCUUCCAUCCGUGUCUUUUGCUGGCAGAACCCGACCUCUACCAGCGAAUCAAGACCUAUGUGGGUGGUGUAAAUGAACGUAUUCGAGACACGAAGAGGCAGCUUAUUGGGUAUUUGCUAGAGAGGGACCAGGAGGGGAUGGAUGACAUUACUGAAAGAGCCGUCACUCGGAAGACUUUAUUUACCACCAAAGGAACUAAGAAAACUAGCUCUGAAAAGGAAGACAGAAUGACACUUUUAAAAUCAGAGGAGCACAAACCAGCACAACCAGAAAACCUCAUCCACAUGAUUGCUUCAGACGGGGAGCUAGUACUGCUGGAGGAGCUCUUAGAAGACACUGAUAUUAACACUGUCAACUCCUCCAAUGAGACUCUAUUACAUGUAGCUGCAGAGCACGGUCACCUGUCCAUCAUUGAGACCUUGAUCCGUAAAGGAGCCAGACUGGACCUGCAGGACAAUAAAGGUCACACUGCUCUUCACAGAGCAGCCAACAGGGGUCACACUGAGAUAGUCAGGGCCCUCGUAGAGGCCGGGGCCCCCAUCUACACUCUGGAUCUGCAAGGCAAAACCCCCAUUCACCUGGCGGUGGAAAAUGAGCACCUGGAUUCUGUGGAGGUCCUGGUGAAGGAGGAGGCCAAGCAGUCCGAGAGCCACACACAGGACAUGUUUCUUCACACAGCAGCUGUGGAAGAUAACUGGAGGCUGGCUGAGUUGCUGCUGCAGAGCGGGGCUGCUGUCGACGCCAGAAACAACCAUAAAAAAACUCCUCUGUUUUAUGCAGUGUCCAGGAACAACGAGAAAACGGUGACAGUCCUCCUAAACGCGGGGGCUAAAGUUGACUAUGAUGUUAUAAAUGAGGCCGUUAAACUCAAUGAAGAAUCAUUUCUCCGUCUGCUGCUUGAUAAUCCCAGAGGAGCUCUGAGUCAAGAAACCCUGGGCUCUGCUCUCUUCUCAGCUGUUAAACAGAACCAUGAUGGAGUGGUAACUGCUCUCAUAGACAGCGGAGCAAACGUGAACAUGGUAGACAAACAGGGGUACACUCCUCUCCUGUUGUCAGCUGAGCUGGGGCACACCGAGGUCUUCAGAGUGCUGGUAGCAAAACAGGCCAAAGUGGAUGCUACUUUAUCCGACCUCUCCUCAGCGUUGCACCUGGCUGUCCACAGUGGCAGUGUGCCCAUAGUGCAGAUGUUGCUGGAAAAGGGAUUAGACCCGAACAUUACUGGACCUAAAGUCCAAACCCCUCUACACCUGGCAGCUCAGUGCAAUAGGCCAGAAUUAGUUGGUCUGUUGUUUACAGCUGGAGCACAGGUAAAUGCAGUAGCCCAGGAUGGGCUGACCCCUCUGCAUAUAGCCAGUCAACAGGGCCAUGCAGACCCAGUGAUUCAGCUUCUUCAAGGCAAAGCGGACCCAGGAGUGAAAGACCGGCUGGGGAAGACAGCCUUGCACUGGGCAGCCUCUUCACAGGGAGGAAGUCGUGUGGUAGACUUGCUGCUGUCGGCCAAAGCCAACCCAAACACCGCUGAUAACGAGAAAAAAACUGCUCUGCACCUGGCUGCGAUGGAGGGGAAGGUAGAUGCUGUGACCUCACUGUUGUCCCACAAGGCAAAGGGCGGGGCUAAAGACAUGGAUGGCGCCACGCCUCUACAUUACGCAGCAGCUGGUGGGCAUGCCAGCGUUGUUUCAGCUCUUCUACAGUCACUCAACAACAAGGGGAUAGAGGAGAGGAACGCGUGGAGGAAAACGCCGCUUCAUGCUGCAGCCGAGAGGGGCCAUGAUGGCGUGGUGGUGCUGCUCCUGGAGGCCGGGGCAAAGAUCAACAACACGGAUCACAGUAAAGACACUCCUCUGCACUGUGCUGCACGGGGUGGACACCAGGAGGUGGUGAAAAGGCUUGUAAACUGGGGCCAAGCUGGGUACACGGGGCGGCGGAAGAAGGUGAAUCUGCAGGCUACCAAUAAUGUUGGGAAGACACCUCUGCAGGUGGCAGAGAGCGGAGACACAACAGAACACGAGAGCAUCGCAACUUUACUCAUGAAAAAGAUGUUUCUUAUCAAAUAAAGGGUGUGAUAAAUAAA